CUGAGAAAGGCGAAUGAACUUUGUACUGACUGAGACCUUUUCGCUCGUAAACGAAGUUUUGAGCUCAGCGAACGGAGACGCAUACAUUGAAGGUUCCCUGAAAGUAAGAAUUGUCGAAACAUGGCAAGCCCAGAAAGGUUGAUAAAGUUCCAUCUUUUUAACUGUGAUGAAACUUAUGAGUUGGACUCAGUGGAAACCCUGUUGCUUAAAAUGGCAGGCAAUCUUAACCUCAAAAUAUUUGUGGAUAAGCGAAAUUUUCGCCUUCGUGAAAUGUCGGAUGUGUGUGAAAACAUUAUUCCUCAGCUACAGAUGGAUUAUGCCGUCAUUGUAGUCCAUGCACAUGAGUCACGACUCUCCAUCAACGAAGACAACGCUAGCAUUGGUUACGCGAAGAUCUACAGAGCUUUGCUGCGAGCAACUGGAGACAAAGUCUUGAUCGUCAUCGGUGGCGACGAUAAUUACAGAGGAGACGAAAAAGAACAGGUUGUGAUCUCACGCUGGGCACGAAGGAAAGUGGCGUCACAGUUUGAUGAGGAGUAUCUUGAUGGAAGAAAAAGUUUUAUUUUUUCUUGGAAAGAAGGACACAGAGAAAUCCAUGAAGAGGCUUUGGAGCACUACCUCAACCCUAGUAAGAGAGGAGAGAAGUUUCAGUAUGAGCCAAAACCAACACCUGCUGCUCCUGAAACUACUGAUAGUUCAAAGGGGGGGAUCGAUGAUGACAAGGAACCUCCUCAAGAUAGAUACUGCCCUCGGCAGGAAAGUGGGCUCACAAGACGAGGACCUGUCGAUGCCUCACCGUGCUAUCUCGAAGGUACCGUUCUGCUGGACACGAUCAUGUGUUUUGGAAGAAUCUCUUAUGAAGAAGAAGACUUGAAGGUCUGGGAUCGCAGAUGGCAGCCGUCUGAAACAAUGGUUCGCCACCUGUCGAACGAUUGGAUGUUGAGACCUCUUGCGAACGUUAGAUUUGUUGCUACAGCCAACGGUGGGGUAUCUUCUAGUGUGCGACCUCAGAAUGUCUUGUCUUCGUUAUUUUCUUACAGUUUAUACAUACGUUUUUUUCAGAUCUUAUGGACUUGCAUGUCGACGUUUGAGUUUUCUGGAUAUUUUUGUGGGUGGUAUGAGUUGUUUAUAGAAGAGGUUACAACGAAAGUCGAGCGAUUUAAAACCACAAUUAGCCAACCAGUAACCUGGGCUUUACAAACAAUGAGAAAAUUAUAUUGACUCUUGCAGAAAUACUGAUUAGCCGACAUUCGAUGUGCAUUUAUCCUAUCAUUCUAAGAUCAUGACUGACAGGUCAUCACGAUUACGUUUGACCUAUAUCUCGGGGAAUUAUGAUAUAUAGUCAAGGUUUGUACUGAUGUGAGUAUAGAAUUUUACUUGGAAAUUCAUGAUCCUCCUCUCAGAUACGAUGAUCAUUUUACUUUACCACAAUAGCUUUCAGGCAACAGUUGAUUUGAUGAUAAAAAUGGCUAGUAUACUGGCCUCCGGAUCGACAUGUCCGGGCCCGAGGUUUAUUUCAGUUAUCGAGUUGUGUUCUUAGCUAAGACACCUUACUCCGGCUCAGUACAUCAGUCCAACUAGGAGUAAAAAUAGUUUCAGAAAACUUUCAGGGAGACUUAACGAAAUGCUGGGCGAUAAUCGUGAUGGAAUGGCAAUCUACUCACGAAUGUUUUUUUUUUUUGCCACAGAAAUCAACCAAAAUAUGCUCAGCCAGGAUAGGCUAAUUGAUACCUAAGUUAACUUUAUCUUUAACUUUUCGAUGCAUGAAGGUAAUCUUGUAAUACAUCUUUCGACGUGUUUGUACACUUUUGGCAUGUGAUUGUGGGAGUAGUCCGCUACUUUUGAAUUUCCUGCAUGAAUGUGGUAAACCUGCCUAAUAAUUAAUUGGAUAAUAAGUUGUGCUUUCGAUUAGUUUAAGAGGACAAUCGUUUGUUUUCUUUAAGGGACAAUUCAUGUAGUCGAACUGAGCAGCUUUUGUUUUCAAGUUCGGUCGCUUCCGUUGUUAUUCAUUAUGUUGGUUAUGUUAGUUGAUCUUUUGUUGACUAUCUUGGUCUUUAUUAUUAACGAAUUAGUUGUAACGAAAUAGUAGUCUGCCAGUGUGAAUACUGCCUCUAUGAUGUUUUUCCGGGCUAUGAUAAUAAAGUGCCAGUUUGAAGGAUACCUCGA